AUGUUGGAGCGACAGUACCAAAAGCCCGUCUUCCUCAACACUUCCUUCACCCUUCAGACCUCUGUCUUAGACGCAAGCAUGUCCGGACGACAAGGCGGCAAGUUGAAACCCUUAAAGCAGGCUAAGGCUAAGGAAAAGGACUACGACGAGGCCGAUCUCGCGUACUUGGCCAAGAAGAAAGAAGAAGAGAAGGCUUUAAAAGAGUUGAAGUCCAAGGCUGCAAAGGGGUCUAUUGGAGGCGCUGGUUUGAAAAAAAGCGGAAAAGCAACUAUUGCUGCCUUCCCUAAAUGUGAUAUGGCGCAUUCUGGGAAGAUGCAGGGGGCUAUGUUGGAUGGAAGCAUUAAUGGUUACUGGAUCCUUAUGAAUGCACAAAGCAGGCCCUCCUAUCAUAUCAGGAUAACAUAA